AUGGGGGGCGCCGGGCCGGGGUGGGGGCCCGCGGGGCUGUGGGUGACGCUGGGGCUGGCCUGGAGCGCGGCAGUGGCUCUGGCCGCGGAGGAGCCGGCCGAGCCGUGCGGGGCGGACGGGUGGGCGCAGGACGCCGUCCCGCCGGGCGCGGCCUUCGUCGCCGCCGCGUCGUACCGCGGGCCCGGCAACAACGACACGCGGAGCAACAAGGCGCUGCCCAUCCUGCUGUGGUGGAGCGGGAGCCUGUUCCCGCACUUCCCCGGCGACACGGAACGUAUCGACUGCCCCCGCGGCUCCUGCCUCGUCACCCGGAGCCGGCGGGUGGCCCGGCACCGCCGCACCAAGGCGCUCAUCUUCUACGGCACCGACUUCAGGGCGUACGAGGCGCCGCUGCCCCGCCUGCCCCACCAGACCUGGGCGCUCUUCCACGAGGAGUCGCCCAUGAACAACUACGUGCUCUCGCACUCGCCCGGCAUCCGGCUCUUCAACUACACGGCCACCUUCCGCCGGGAGUCCGACUACCCGCUCACGCUGCAGUGGCUGCCCGGCACCGCGUACCUGCGGGCCCUGGCCGUGCCCCUGGCCGAGAAGGACGCGUGGCGGCGGAAGGGCUACGGCCCCGUGCUGUACAUGCAGUCGCACUGCGAUGUGCCCUCGGACCGGGACCGCUACGUGCGGGAGCUCAUGAAGUACAUCCAGGUUGACUCCUAUGGUAAAUGCCUGCACAACCGUGAGCUCCCCAGUGAGCGACUGAGAGACACUUCUACAGCCACUACAGAAGAUUCUGAAUUUAUGACUUUUAUUGCCAGGUACAAGUUCCAUCUGGCCUUGGAGAAUGCCAUAUGUGAUGACUACAUGACAGAGAAGCUGUGGCGUCCCAUGCACUUGGGUGCUGUCCCAGUGUAUCGAGGCUCCCCAGCUGUGCGGGACUGGAUGCCAAACAACCUCUCCAUCAUUCUUAUAGAUGAUUUUGACAGCCCCCAAGAGCUGGCAAAGUAUCUGGAUUUCCUGGACAAGAAUGGAGAGGAAUAUUUGAAGUAUUUAGAGUAUAAAAAUGCUGGUGGAAUCAAAAACCAGUUCUUGCUAGAGAGCUUGGAGAAGCGGGAGUGGGGUGUGAAUGACAUGACUCUGCCCAAUUACUUGAAUGGCUUCGAGUGUUUCAUCUGUGACAAGGAGAACACCCGGGUCAAAGAGGAGCAGGAACACAAGAAGUCUCAUGGAAAAAUUCCAGCUCCCAGACCUCAUAUAGCUCAGUUCAAGCACAUGGGAUGUCCUAUGCCAACCCCUGGGUUUGGAAGUGUUGAAGACCUCUCUGGUGGAGACAGUUGGAAAGAAAUGUGGCUGCAGGAUUAUUGGCAAAGCCUUGAUCAGGGUGAGGCCCUCACUGCUAUGAUUCAUCGCAAUGAGUCUCAUCAGGGAAGAUUUUGGGACUACAUGCAUGAGAUUUUUCUGAAGAGGACAAGGCAACACUGACCCAUCUUUGUAAGAGCUUGAUUUGAAAAUUGCAUUGAAAGUUGAGACUCUGAAUUCUUAUUCUCUUCAAAUGUUUGCCUUGAAAAACCAAAACC